AUGAACGGCUACGGCUCCCCCUACCUGUACAUGGGCGGCCCGGUGUCGCAGCCGCCGCGGGCGCCCCUGCAGCGCACGCCCAAGUGCGCGCGUUGCCGCAACCACGGCGUGCUGUCCUGGCUCAAGGGCCACAAGCGCUACUGCCGCUUCAAGGACUGCACCUGUGAGAAGUGCAUCCUCAUCAUCGAGCGGCAGCGGGUCAUGGCAGCGCAGGUGGCGCUGCGCAGGCAGCAGGCCAACGAGAGCCUCGAGAGCCUCAUCCCGGACUCCCUGCGCGCCCUGCCGGGACCCCCGCCGCCGGGGGACGCCGCCGCCGCCCCGCAGCCGCCGCCGACCUCGCAGCCUUCUCAGCCGCCGCCGCCGCCGCCGCCGCCGCCGCCGCGCCCCGCAGCCGAGUUGGCUGCGGCCGCCGCGCUGCGCUGGGCCGCCGAGUCCCAGCCCGGGGCGUUGCAGGCGCCCCUCGCCAAGCCAGAUCUGACUGAAGAACGACUGGGGGACAGCAGCUCGGCUGAUAACACAGAGACCUUCAGCGACAAAGACGCCGACCAGAGGAGCUCCCCGGAUGUGGCCAAAAGUAAGGGCUGCUUCACCCCCGAGAGCCCCGAGAUCGUGUCGGUGGACGAAGGCGGCUACGCGGUCCAGAAAAACGGCGGGAACCCGGAGAGCCGCCCCGACAGCCCCAAGUACCACGCGGAGCAGAACCACCUGCUGAUCGAGGGCCCCUCGGGGACCGUGUCCCUGCCCUUCAGCCUCAAAGCCAACAGACCGCCCCUGGAAGUGUUAAAAAAAAUAUUCCCCAACCAGAAGCCGACGGUGCUGGAGCUGAUCCUGAAGGGCUGCGGGGGCGACUUGGUGAGCGCCGUGGAGGUCCUUCUGUCCAGCCGCUCGUCCGUCUCCGCGGCGGCAGACAGAACUGCGGCCGAGCCCGAGGGGCUGGUGCUGCCCUCCAACGGCCACAUCUUCGAACACAGCCUGAGCUCCUACCCCAUCUCCUCGUCCAAGUGGUCCGUGGGCUCGGCCUUCAGGGUCCCGGACACGCUGAGGUUUUCGGCCGACUCCAGUAACGUUGUCCCCAACCCCUUGGCGGUCCCCCUGCAGCACCCCUUCCCCCAGCCGCCCCGCUACCCGCUGAUGCUGAGGAAUACCUUGGCGAGGAACCAGUCCAGCCCCUUUUUGCCCAACGACGUCACCCUGUGGAACACGAUGACGCUGCAGCAGCAGUACCAGCUGAGGUCCCAGUACGUGGGCCCCUUCCCCACUAACUCAGCCGGCGUCUUCCGGAGCUCGCCUGUCCUCCCCGCGCGCGCCCCCGAGGACCCCCGCAUCUCCAUCCCCGACGACGGCUGUCCGAUCGUGGCCAAGCAGUCCAUCUACACCGAGGACGACUACGACGAGCGGUCCGACUCCUCGGACUCCAGGAUACUCAACACAUCCUCUUAAAGGGCUUACCUGCCGGGUGGGGACCAGGUGACGUUUUCUGUGCAUCUGCCCCUCCCCCACAUCCCCCUCCCCCUCGCGAGGAGAGGUCACGACCUGUGUAU